AGUUACGAGGUUACUGAUUCUAUUGAUGUCCGCUUGGAUUUCUGUCUUAUCUGCCUUGCGAGGGACUGCUCUUCAUAAUGUUUAUCAAAAGCAUGCAUGCUCCCGGGCUCUCGCCCUUCCUUGGCCCUCCCCUUUCCGGUGACUGGGCCAUAGUCGCGAAGUCCUUAAUUCCCCGGCAAGGACCCUUUCCGCAGGGUCUAGCUGGGUUUCUUUUUCUAAUGACGGUGUACGGUUGGAGCCAGGACACCAUGUCAGCAUUUCUCAUUUACUGCCGUUUUCUUCAAGUUUUUGCCUGUUUCACGAUGUAUAUCUUGAGUCUCAUAGGGGCUUGAUUGCUACAGUCCGGGCAUAAUGACGUGGUGGCUAGCAGUUAGUGUAGUGCUG